UCUCUCUCUUCUCUCUUUCUCGCUCCAUCUCUCUCAGACGCUCUCAUUCACUCUCGCAUUCUGCAGUGUUACGGAGCUCUUUGGGAGACACCCGGAAUCAGUGAGAGGCGAGAGGUCAGUCAAGGUCGAGUCAGGGGUCAGACGGGAUGAAGGCACAGAGCCGCACACUCGGCAUGUGCUGCACACGGAUACUGCUCCUCUCCCUCACCAUGGCGCUGGUUGGCAUUGGAAUGGAGGUGCCGAGGCCGAUGCCAUACUCAUGGAAAACAGGGAUGUGGGGAGUGUGUGUGUCAGGGGCGUGCGGCUCGGCAGGCAGCCAGUUCCGGGCCGUGUGGUGCGUCCACUUAGACGGCUGGACGACGCUCCCAUCCAAGUGUGCGCUGUCCGAGCGUCCGCCCCGAGAGCGCCCCUGCGUACGAGUGUGCGAGUGGCACCGCACGCUCUUUGAGUGGCAGCUGUCACCGUGGGGACCCUGCAGCCCAGCCCCGCCCUCCUCCACCGCUUCGUCUUCGGCGGUGUCGCUGAGAGAAUGUGUGACUGCGCAGCGCGGGGUGCAGAGGCGGCGUGUGUCGUGUACCAGGCGCACGGACGGACAGGCUGCGGCCGACCCGCGCGUGUGCGAGGCCUUCUCCCUGCCUCCGCCCGACGAGCAGGCGUGCCUGCUGCCCUGCCCCAUCAACUGUGUCCUGUCCGCCUUCUCCCACUGGUCAGCCUGCCGGAGCCAGAGCCAGGGCCAGGGCUGCGCUGGCAGUGGCACUCCCCCGCUUCAGCACCGCACGAGGCAGGUCCUGGCCGCGCCACUCUACGGGGGCGCUGAGUGCCCCAGCCUGACCGAGAUGCGGCAUUGUCACCGCGGCGCCAAUGCCCCGUCCCCUUGCCCUCACGAUCAGCAGGAGCACAGCUACAGCCUGUGGGCAGGGCCGUGGAGCGAGUGUCGGGUCAGGAGCACGCUGCCCAUUGGGAGGACACGGGUGGACUUCAGCGUCCAGGACCACUCGGGCAGGGUGGAGGUCAAGAGGUCAGAUGAGGCCCGGAUGUCAGUGAUUGUGAGGAGGCACACGGAGAGCAUAUUCCGAGUGAACCACCACCAUCACCACCACCCCCACCACCAUCACGAAGAUGGAGAGUCAUGGGGCAUUCACAUUGGAUAUCAGACGCGACAGGUGCGAUGCACACGCAACGAUGGCAAGAACGUAAUGCUGAGCCUCUGUGAUCAUGACAACGCCCCUGUGAACUUCCGUUCAUGCGUAAUGCCCAAAGACUGUGUGGUAUCUGAUUGGACGGAGUGGAGCCCAUGCUCCAAAACCUGCCGCACAACAGACCAAUCUCCUGGCUACAGGACCAGGAAGCGUCAUGUGAAAGGGCUUCUGAUUGGAGAAGGAAAGGAAUGCCCCGCCCUGGAGGAAAGAGAGGCUUGUAAUCUCAUUGGGGACCUGCUCCCACUGUGCCCAAGCUACCAGUGGCUGCUGACAGACUGGGGUGAAUGCCAGAUCCUUCCUCUGCUGGGUCAGCAGGACCAUCGCCAUGGUAAUGCCAGCGUCCUCUGUGGAGGUGGCAUCCAGACCAGGGAAGUGUACUGCGUUCGCCUGGACAACGUCACAUCCCUCUCACACAAACUGCGGCCAGUGAGGCGGGACUUGUGCUCGGGGCCCAUCCCCUCAAUGGUGCAGAGCUGCUCCAUCACUUGUCCUCAGCUCUGCUUGCUGACUGAUUGGUCAGAGUGGGGACCCUGUGUUCAUGAUGAGUGCUUCGAGUCACAGGGGAAGAGAGGGUUUCAUGUGCGGAGGCGGUCUGUGUUGGGAGGGACUGGUGGAGUCUUCGAGAGCUGCCCACACCUGACCGAGGCCAUGCCCUGCGACAAGCCCACUUCCUGUUUCACCUGGCGUUUGACCUCACAAGGGCCCUGCACCCCACAGGAAGGAACUUGUGGUCCUGGGACCCAAGAGCAGAAAGUGGAAUGUGUGAACACAACAGGUAAGACCGUAUCUGGUGAUCGUUGCUCUGGUGACCUUGCUGCUACCCACUAUCCAUGUGAAAAACCCUGCGCUAGCAACUGUGUACUUAGCAACUGGUCGCCAUGGUCACACUGCUCCCUAUCAUGCUCUGGCAAGCAUUCUGAAGGCAAGCAGCACCGCACACGCUCAGUUCUCGCCCUACCUGAAGAGGGCGGUGCAGUGUGUCCAAAUGUCUCAGCCCUGCAGCAGUGGAGGUCGUGUGCCAGCGGCACCUGUGUGCACCUUCACUGGGCCACGGGCCCCUGGGGCCCCUGCACCCUCGACCCCCAGGGACCGCUUAACGUCUCUGCGACAGAGCAGCAGAACGCUACCUGUGGACUGGGCACCCAAAUGCGAGAGAUCACCUGUGUGAAAGCCAACAAUGGAGUGGUCACAUCGAAAAGAUGUCCGCUCUCGUCUCGUCCAGUGUCUGAGCGUGUAUGUGUGCUUGCAUGUCCAGUCGACUGCAUUGUCACUCCCUUUAGUGAAUGGAGCCCCUGUCCUAACACAUGCAGUCCAGCAAAUGCUACCGUAGUUAGUCAGUCACGGCACAGGAUCAUUAUCCAAACAGCAGCCAAUGGGGGCCAGGAUUGCCCUGACACACUGUAUGAGGAGAGAGAGUGUGAACGGACUUCUACGUGCCCAACUUACAGAUGGCAGACCCACCGUUGGAACAAGUGCAUUCUGGUUCCUGAUUCCGUGAGGCAAGCACUGGGGGCUUCCACUGAGUCCUGUGGCCAGGGUCUGGAGACCAGAGGUGUGACGUGUGUGGGGACAGACGACUCGCCGGCUGCUCUGUCGCUGUGUCUGCUGUGGGGGGGUCCGAUGCCGGCUCAGAUGCGGGGGUGUCGCGUGGCCUGUAGGGACGACUGCACCCUGAGCAGCUGGAGCACGUUCUCACCCUGCCAGCGCUGUGGUGACUGGCGCUCACGCUCCCGAACACUGAUAGGUCGCAGCAGCAAGAAGCGUGUGAGAUGCCAGCAGGAAUCUCUGUACCCGCUGAAGGAGAGAGAACCAUGUCCCUGCUCUGAGUUCAGGGCUCAGCCCCAGGGCUCCUGGUCUCCAUGUCUGCUUCCGGGGCUCUCCGAGCGGACAGCAUGGCACCUAGGCCUCCCUGGACGCCCGCAGGGUCUGGAUGGAGUCCUACGCUGGAGACCAGCCCAAGGAGAGGGCAAGGAGUGUGGGCAAGGCUGGCGCUACAGGGCCCUGGCCUGCCUGGACCACCGUGGACAGCUAGUGGAGCCCACUCUGUGUGCAAGCUCAGGUUUGGAAAAGGAGCUGUGUCACGUGGCCUGCCCUACGGACUGCAGACUGAGUGAGUGGUCACCCUGGUCUACCUGCAGCGCCUCCUGUGGCUGGGGCGUGAAAGUGCGGGCCCAGUGGCUCAGAGAGAAAGCGUUCAACGGAGGGCGUCCCUGCCCCAAACUGGACCUUAGGAAUCAGGCUCAGGUGUCUGAGGUACUGCCGUGUUACAGUGAAUGUGAUCAGUACAGCUGGGAGGUGGACCUGUGGUCUGAGUGCCACCUCAACACACUGCACAUCAACAGCACAGCAGCCAACACAACCAGCACGCCAAACACAGCCAGCCCAACGGGCACAGCUAACACACCAAACACAGCCAGCCCAACGGGCACAGCUAACACACCAAACACAGCCAGCCCAACGGGCACAGCUAACACAUCCAACACAACCACCGCACUAAACACAGCCAGUCCAAACGUCACAGCAAACACACCCAACAGAACCACUGCACUGAACACAGCUAGUUCAAACAGAACGGCUAACACACCCAGCACAGGACUGGCCCCCACCAGCUACAGCCUGUCCAAUGCCAUUUCCACAUCCACUGGGCCAGGAGAGGUGUUAUCCUGUGGAGAGGGAGUCCAGAGUCGCAAAGCCAGGUGUGUGAGGCGAGGAAGCAACGGGCAGAGCCAACAUGUGCAUGAGACUCUGUGCAGCCAGCUUGAGCACCCAAUCACCUCACAGAUCUGCCCGCUGCCCUGUCCCACCCAGUGUGUGUCAUCACAAUGGAGUCAGUGGAGCACCUGUCCAAUGGCUUGCCCCCCAGGUGCACUCAGGUGGAGAGGCAGGCAGGUGCUGAGGCAGCCCCAGCUGGGACACACAUGUCUGGAGCUGAGCCAGUCUCAACCCUGCCUCUUCAACUCCACCUGUUUCAGCUACAACUACAGCUACUCAGACUGGAGCUCCUGUCAACUCAGUGAGAAUGCUGUAUGUGGGCAAGGCAUUAAGACACGCCUCCAUAGGUGUGUCCGUAGCGACGACGAGCUGGUGGAGAUGAACCUGUGUGCCGAGAGGGGGCCAUCAGAGAAGCUGAUCAUUUCCUGUGAAGUUAGCUGUCCGGUGAACUGCCUGGUGUCUGCAUGGUCACCUUGGUCUGAAUGUUCACACACCUGCGGAAACCAAAGUCAGAUGCUGCGCUCCAGGAUGGUGGUACAGGAGGCGGGAGACGGGGGUCAGUCAUGCCCCGCCCACCUCUCCCAAACCAAGCCAUGUCCCAUCAUGCCUUGUUACUCCUGGUUGCUUGGAGACUGGUCUCCCUGUCAGAUCGAGGGAGCGGAGUGUGGUGAGGGGCUGAAAGUGAGGAACCUUACAUGUGUUGUCCACUGGGGGGCGCUGUCGAGCGCAUCCCAGUCUGAUGCGGUGGUGGAGGAGGAGAGGUGUGACAGAGGUCAGAGGCCAGAGAGAGACACCCCAGUGCAGCUGCCCUGUUCUGUGCCCUGUCCAGGGGAUUGCCACCUUACCGAGUGGUCGCCAUGGAGUUCAUGCCAGCUUAUGUGUAUGGACGGACGCAGCUUUGAGACACAAGGACGCCAGGCGCGCUCACGGGCCGUAAUCGUUCAGGUGCCUGAGAACCAGGAGACGUGUCCCAGUCAGGUGUACGAGACGCGGCCAUGCAAAGGGGGGGUGUGCCACACUUAUGAGUGGAGAACUGGGGGAUGGAGGGAGAACGAGAGGAACGUGUGGUGCCAAAGGUCUGAUGGAGUGAACGUCACAGGUGGGUGCCCCUCACACACUCGGCCCUCAGCGAUACGCCACUGCCACCCGCCCUGCUCCAAGCCCUUCUCUUUCUGCACACAGAGUGGUGUGUGCGGAUGUGAAAAGGGCUUCACAGAAGUCAUGACUUCACAUGGUUUCCUUGACUACUGCACCAGGACACCUGGGCCUGACCACAAGAAGGCCGACGUCAAAACUGGUUCUGGCCAGGCCAGACCAGGCCGCACCCAAAGCCAGAACCCGCUCAGGGAGUGGGCCUUGCAGGCAGUGGGGCCAGAUGGGCGUGUCAGACCGUGGGUUUAUGGCCUGAUGGCUGCUGGAUUUGUUCUCAUCCUGCUCAUCAUCAUCAUGUCCUUCCUGCUGUGCAAAAACACCAAACCCAGUUCAAGCGGUGGGUGUCCCCAGAAGGCCCUUACGCUGUCAUAUGAUGGGGAUACGGAUAUGUGACCUUGU